AUGCACGACUCGUCUUUGAAGCCACGCAAAAAUGGGUCUGAUAGCGGGAACCCUGUGCUAUCUCUGGAUCUGAGCAGAAAGAUUCAUUCUGGGAUUUGUAAAUGUAAAGUGAAUGGAAGAUGGGAAAGGCACCCGUGUCCUUGUUCUAAGUUUCUUCGCCGAAAAAACAGACGUGGAAAAAUCAGAAAAUUGUGCAAAAAAAUGAAACACUUGAAGAAAUGCCAGCAGAGGAACCACGUCCCCAUUAUUCCCUUCUGA